UCGGAACUCCUUCUCGAUUGGUAGUCCCAUUGCGAGGGAGAGAAAGAGAGAGAUUUCUGGUACAUUCUGGCGAGCUCCAUGAAGACAAAUCGAGCAACUCUGCUAUGGAUGAUAUAGCUAAGGCCGACUCCCUCCAAGACUUGACGUGUUGUUACUUUCGCGACGGAGAGGAGUAGAUAGAGGAUGGAGAGAUCACCGUCGCCGUCACCGUCGCCGCCGUGUGAAGGCUCGAGAGAGCUUCAGUGCGUGGGCAAGCUGGAGAUUGUCAACCCCAAGCCCGUCGGCUUUCUCUGCGGCUCCAUCCCCGUCCUGACCGACAAUGCCUUACACGCCUUCAACUCUGCUCUCGUCCCCUCUCGCCAAACGGUGAGUGCUCCACGAUAUCAAAUGCUUCCGACGGAGACCGACCUCAAUAGGCCUCCUGUUGCUCCGAAUUUUUCCGAGAAGUUGCUCCCUACCGGUGCACUGUUGUCGAGGAUGGCCGCUGGAGAUUUACCUUGGGAAGACAGUGCUAUCACCUCAAGCUUUAGUAGGAAAUGUGAGGCCCUUGCCGUAUCUGGCUUGGUAGAGUAUGGUGAUGAGAUUGACGUGAUCGCUCCUGCAGAUAUAUUGAAGCAGAUAUUUAAAAUGCCUUAUUCAAAAGCUCGUUUGUCCAUUGCUGUCCAUCGUAUCGGGCAAACUCUUGUUCUGAAUAUGGGGCCUGAUGUGGAAGAGGGAGAGAAGUUGAUUAAAAGACAUAGUCAAUCACAAUGUGCAGAGCAGGCAUUAUUUCUUAAUUUUGCCAUGCAUUCUGUUAGAGUGGAGGCUUGUGAUUGUCCACCAACACAUAAUGCUGCAUCAUCGAAGGACCAAUCGAGUUCCUCUGUUCUUCCUGGAAUAGAUACUUCGAAUACUUUUGGCCUGCAUGACGACAUUGCUGAAAAAGAGCAAUUAAGACAACGCUCAGAAUAUCCGCAAAUAAAACAGACUGGUUUCUUAUGGGAAAGUAAGUCCAAGAGGAAUAAAAGGUGUGAUCCUGUCAAAAAGACAACACAAGUUAGUGAAAAGAACCGGAAUGUGAUGCAAGAGUCUGACAGGCAUAGGAGAGUUGCCAAUGAUGGAUUUUUGAGGGUCUUGUUUUGGCAAUUUCACAAUUUCCGUAUGCUUCUGGGCAGUGACUUGCUUCUCUUUAGUAAUGAAAAAUAUGUUGCUGUGAGUCUGCAUCUGUGGGACAUUACAAGACAGGUCACUCCAUUGACCUGGCUUGAAGCCUGGCUUGAUAAUAUCAUGGCUAGUGCACCAGAACUGGCUAUUUGUUAUCAUCGGAAUGGAGUGGUUCAGGGCUAUGAGCUUCUUAAGACAGAAGACAUAUUUCUAUUAAAAGGCAUCUCAGACGAUGGCACUCCUGCUUUUAACCCUCAUGUUGUCCAGCAAAAUGGCCUUUCUGUAUUGAGGUUCCUUCAAGAUAAUUGCAAGCAAGAUCCUGGGGCAUACUGGCUAUACAAAGGUGCUGGGGAAGAUGUAAUUCAACUUUUUGAUCUUGCUGUUAUCCCUAAGAAUCAUGCGUCUGACAGUGGUGAUGAUGGCUCAAGCUCUUUGCCUUCUCCAAUGCAUAGAGGAAGAAGUGACUCUUUGUUUUCACUGGGCACUCUGCUUUACCGCAUUGCUCAUAGGCUUUCCUUAUCAGUGACUCCAAAAGAUAAGGCAAAAUGCGCAAGCUUCAUUAGGAAGUGCUUGGAAUUACUGGAUGAGCCAGAUCAGCUUGUUGUACGCGCUCUUGCUCAUGAACAAUAUGCCAGACUUAUUUUGAACAGUGAUGAUCAAGAUGUUGAUUUGGCAUCUGAAUCUGUCCCGGAAGAAUGUGAAGUUAAAGUUACCGACGUUGAAGAAGAAUCUCUUGAUUUUUGGAGAAGCAUUUCUGAUUCUAAUGUCCAGGAUGAUGAUCCCUCUGUUGUUUUAAAAAAAGAAAAGUGCAGUGAAGUGCGAAAGGGACUUCAAGAUUUAGCAUCAGAAGCAUCAUUGAAUAUGUCUUUAGAGGCUAGUAUGUCUGCUUCCAGAAAAUUGAUAACAUCAUCUGACAUUGAGAAGACAGUUUCAGAAGGAGGUGUCUCUACUUCUGGAUGCAAUGAUCACUUUGCAAUCUGCAAAAGGUCCCCUGUAUCUACACAAGUAAUUCAAACUGUUGCAGAUCCUAUCUCCUCCAAGCUGGCUGCAAUUAAUCAUGUUUCUCAAGCUAUUAAAUCACUGAGAUGGAUGCGCCAAUUGCAAAGUAAUGAGGCAGAGCUGGUUGACUGUGGCACUGGAGCUGCUGAUGGAGCACCAUUGCCAAUGAAUUUCGCUGUUUGUGCAUGUGGUGAUGCUGACUGUAUUGAAGUGUGUGAUAUUCGUGAAUGGCUGCCUACAUCAAAAUUGGAUCAUAAGCUGUGGAAACUUAUUCUGUUGCUUGGAGAAUCUUACUUGGCACUUGCACAAGCGUAUAAAGAGGAAGGUGAGUUGCUUCAAGCAUUGAAGGUUGUGGAAUUAGCUUGUUCUGUCUAUGGAUCAAUGCCCCAACAUCUUAAAGAUACCCGAUUUAUUUCCUCAAUGGUUAGCUGUUCAACAUCCUUUUCAAUGCUAAAUGACACAAAUGGAAGGACAAAAUCGAAGUUUGAUGCUGGUGAAGAUGUUAUAUCGACCACAGACAAUGAUCAUUUUACUUCUGAGCAAUUCUCUUUCACUUACCUCUUUUGGGCCAAGGCGUGGACUCUGGUUGGAGAUGUUUAUGUUCAGUUUCAUAUGAUAAAGGGCAAAGAGGUUUCAAUUCAAACAGCUGAGAAACGGUCCAUGAAAGAGCUGAGAAUGUCAUCUGAGGUUGUGAAGGAAGUCAAAAGGCUCAAGAAGAAGUUGGGACAACUUAAGCAGAACUGCAGUUUGUGCUCCCUGGUGAAUUGCAGCUGUCAAAGUGAUAGGGUUAGCAGUGGUAGCAGCGCAAGCAGUAGCACUGGAGAUUCACAUGUGAUUGCUCAUAGCAGAAGACAGGGUAGAAAGUCGCAUAGUAGGCGAAGCUCUUUGUCAAAUUUUGUAGACACUGAAGAUGAAAGCACUGUCCAGAAAGUGGACAAGGGUAGGCGGAAAAAGAAAACUAUCGGCACUGUACCAGAAACUUUUGAUAUAACUAGAGGUACUGUGGAUUUGGAUUCAUCAGUUGCUGCUGUUUCUAAGAAUGAUGAAGAUUCUUCCGAAAAGCAUGCUGUUGCAUCCAAAGGGGCUUCUGAAACAGGUUCAUCUUGGAAAGAAGUACCUAAAAAGAUUGGUGGAAUAUUUAGAUAUGUCGUGGGUGCUGCAGCCGAAGACACAGACUGCAAUCUUUUAUCUGCUCUAAGCUGCUAUGAAGAAGCUAGAAAGGCAUUAGGCGGAGUUCCUGCUGGCUCAGCAGAACUUCAAUCUAUUAUGAAAAAGAAAGGGUGGGUUUGCAAUGAAAUAGGUAGAAACAUGCUGGAGAGGAAAGAGUUGAGUGAAGCUGAGGUUGCUUUUGCUGAUGCUAUAAUUGCAUUUAGAGAAGUCUCUGACCACACCAACAUUAUAUUAAUUAAUUGCAAUCUGGGUCAUGGGAGACGGGCAUUAGCCGAGGAGAUGGUUGCCAAAAUCGGACAUCUUAAAUCACAUUCAGCUUUUCGUGAUUCAUAUAAGCAGGCAUUGGUAACUGCAAAGUUUGAAUAUUGUGAAGCUCUUAAAUUUUACGGGGCAGCAAAGUCAGAGCUCAGGGUUGUGGAAGAAGAUGAAGAUUCUGUUUCCGAGAGCUUGAAAAAUGAGGUUUAUACACAGUAUGCCCACACUUAUCUGAGGCUUGGUAUGUUUUUGGCUGAAGAAGAUACAACUGCUGAUGUGUAUGAAAAUGCAGCUUUGGAAGAAAUAUCACUUGCUCGCUCUAGUUAUAGUCCUAGAAGAGCUAAAGAUUUGUUCUUGAGAAAGCAUGAAAUCACGGCGAAUGAGGCCAUCAGAGAGGCAUUGUCUGUGUAUGAAUCAUUGGGUGAGUUGCGUAAACAGGAGGCCGCAUAUGCAUAUUUCCAGCUUGCUUGCUACCAGAGAGAUUGCUGCGUGAAAUUUCAGAAUUCUAAUCAUAAGAAAGGAUUCUCUAAAGGUGAGAAUAGCAUUCUCCAGCGAGUGAAACAGUAUGCUUUAUUGGCUGAGCGGAACUGGCAGAAAGCAGCAGAUUUUUAUGGCCCCCAGACCCAUCCAGCCAUGUACCUCACCAUACUGAUGGAGAGAUCAGAUCUUUCAUCAACCCUCUCGAGUUCAUUGCACUCAAAUGCGAUGCUGGAAGCAUCCCUGUCUCGUCUGCUCGAUGGCCAUCAAAUAUCCGAAACAACCUCAAAUGCUCUAAAGGCCAGUCAUCCUGGAAUUCAUGCCAAAUUUUGGGGGCAAUUACAGAAGCUUUUGAAGAAUAUGCUGGCGUCAACACUUGCUGCAAGUGGCAGCAAGUCUCCCACGCAUGCAGUUACCAGCAAGCCCGGAGAUGCUGUGAAGCUCAAAGAACUAUAUACGAUGUCUUUAAAGUCUACUGAGUUCAGUCAGCUGCAUGUCAUGCACUCCUUGUGGAUAUCUUGAGUUGGCCUGAAUCUGCAUUUCGUGAUACUUUCAAUAAACACAUGCAUCUAAACAGGUAUCAUACAGAAAUGGACUGGUUCUUGGAUAUCUUGCAUAUAUGUACUGUAUCGAAACCCUUGAAUUAAUCCGUGGUUGAAUACUCGCACAAGUCCUGCAAGGUGGUUCUGUCUGAACUUGAAGAUGGGAGAGCAAAAGUUCAUUGAUAUUCAUUUUUUUU